GGAGCAGCAGCGGGAGGAGGGGGAGGCAGCUCAGACUGAACCAUGGCCGCUGAAGGCAGCAGAUCUCCGGCCUGCACUGGAUCCAGUCUGCUGCAGCCCGUCAGCGAGAUCACCAACCUGCCGCUGGACCAGGUGAACUUCGUGGUGUGCCAGCUGUGUGCUCUGCUGUCGGCCUUCUGGUUCCGUCUCUUCCUCCACCCCAGCAGAACCCGUCCUGUGGUGCGUCAUGUGGUGGCCACGCUGCUGGGGCUCUACUUCGCCCUCUUCUGCUUCGGCUGGUACGCGCUCCACUUCCUGGUUCAGAGCGGACUCACCUACGGCAUCAUGAUCCUGACCGGAGUCGAACACAUGCACAAGUACUGUCUGCUGGUGGCUCUCGGUUAUCUGAGCUUCUGUCAGAUCACACGAGUCUACGUGUUCGACUACGGCAUGUACUCUGCUGACUUCACCGGGCCCAUGAUGGUGAUCACACAGAAAAUCACCAGCCUGGCGUUUGAGAUCCACGACGGAAUGGCCCGGAAAGAGGAGCAUCUGACGCCCGGACAGAAGAUCCUGGCCAUCAGGCGCAUGCCCAGCCUGCUGGAGUAUUUCAGCUACAGCUGUAACUUCAUGGGGAUCCUGGCCGGGCCGACCUGCUCCUAUAACGACUACAUCGCCUUCAUCGAGGGCGGGGCCUGUCGCCAUAGAGACCUGGAGCCCCACAGGAAGGCCAACGGGAAGCUGCGGCAGAGCGAGCCCUCGCCAAACACGGAGGUGGUGCGUAAGGUGUUCACCUGCUUCCUGUCCCUCAUGGUCUUCCUGUCCGUCUGCAAAGUCUUCCCCGUCGAACGCAACGUGGACGACGACUUCAUCGCCAACACGCCGCUGUACGCCCAGGUGGUCUACCUCUACCUGUCCAUGCUGACCACGCGGCCCAAGUACUACUUCGUCUGGACCAUGGCCGACGCCAUCAACAACGCCGCCGGCUUCGGCUUCAACGGCUACAACAGCGACGGCUCGCCGCGCUGGGACCUGAUCUCCAACCUCAGGAUCCUGGACAUCGAGUUUGCCACCAGCUUCAAGGUUUUCCUCGACAACUGGAACAUCCAGACGGCGCACUGGCUCAAAAGGGUGUGUUACGAGCGCUGCCCCUACAACCCCACAGCGGCCACCUUCAUCCUGUCGGCCAUGUGGCACGGAGCCUAUCCAGGCUACUACCUCACCUUCCUCACCGGCAUCAUCAUCACACUGGCGGCACGAGCGGUCAGACACAACGUGCGGCCAUAUUUCCUGGGGUCGCCGGCCCACAAACUGCUGUAUGACAUCAUCACGUGGGCGGCCACGCAGAUCGCCGUCUGCUACACGGUGGUGCCGUUCGUGCUGCUGUCGGUCGGCCCGUCGCUCAAGUUCUACAGGUCUUGGUAUUUCAGCCUCCACAUCGGCUGCAUCCUGCUGGCCGUGGCGCUGCCGGUCAAACCGCGACACCUGCGUCUCAAGGAGCAGCAGAAGAGCCUCCAGCGCCACCUGGAGGCCACAGACAGCAACUGCAACCAGAAGGCCAAAACCACAUGAGGUGGGGGACGGAGACGGAGCAGGAGACAGAGCCGUCCAGCUGGUUUCCAUCGGCGUGCGGGGACGGAGGAGGAGGAGGGGAGCGGCUCGGGGAGCGGACGCACCGGACACCCGGCCGCCGGCGGGACGGACACACGGCGCCCGACAGGGACGACGGGAAGGAGGACGGACACUGAGAGAGCAGCGCUGGACGUGACAUCAUGAACACCUGACUGACACCGGCAGCAGAAGUGACUCAGCAAGGGGAAUGAAUGAGUGAAUGAGCAGGUGAAUGGAUGAUGAUGAUGAUGAUUACUGAACAAACGGAAAUGCAAGCAUGAGUGAGUGAACUGAGGAAACGAAUACGAACGCAUGAGUGAUUGAAUCAGCUGAGCAUGAAUGAAUGAGGAUGAUAAAUAAUAAACAAGUGAAUGAACCAAUGAAUGAGUGAGUGAGUUAGCAAGCAACUAAAUGACUGAGCAACCAAAUGAGGACAUGAAUGAAUGAAUGAGCUCAUGAAGGAAUGAGUGACUGAGACGAAUGAGAAAGUGAGUGAGUGAACACAGUAAUGAAGGAGUAUUUGAUGAAGUGAGUGAGUGAGUGAGUGAGUGAGUGAGUGAAUGGAUGAGCAGGCCAGUGGGUCGCUCCUCUUGUCAGUAUGAACUUCCUCCUCAGUGUUUAUUACCGUUGAUUUCUGGGAAAGUGCCAGCGGUUUUCCGGCUCGGCGGCCUCGGCUCAGACUUCCCGCCGAGCGCCGACGCCCCGUUUCCAUUCGUAGACGUCGAUUUUUCUGUCAUUUUCCUGUUCGCCGUUGUUGUGGUCGAUGUGAGUCCAGCAGCAGAGACUCGAGCCGAGCGGAAACGAGUCUGGAGCGCCGGCACCUCCGAGGGUCAUGUGAUCGUUCAUCUCUGAUCUGAUUUGUUGUCAUUUUCCAGACUUCUGUGGGAGAAAUAAACAGAGUUUUCCUAAAUCC